GCCUCUUGAUGAUACUGUAGUAACAGUCAUCUCUCCUCUUCAUGAACAACAUGUGAUUGCUGGCAUUUUAGUACUGAUGUCACUCUUGCUGCUCAGGGGAACACGAGGGACUAUAAAAAAGGAACUAUUGAAUGGAACCAAUGGACAGGCCAUGGCAUCCACACAUUCAGUGAGUCUGACAGAAUCUCUCAGGAUAACCAGCAUGAACGCGACCUACAACGAUCCCAACUUGGUGAUGGAGAGUUUUGAUGUUCCCCAUCAUUUAAUUUACCCAGUGUUUGCCCUGCUCUUGAUCAUCUACCUGAUCAUUUUGAUUACCAACAUAGGGGUCAUGCUGCUUAUUAUGAUGAACAGGAGCCUGCAGCAGCCAAUGUACCUGCUGUUCUUCAGCCUGUCCUUCAACGACGUCCUGGGCAACACGGUGCUUAUACCACGGCUGAUGUUGGACGUGAUCUCUACUGACAGGUCCAUCAGCUACCCCGCAUGUGUCUCCCAGGCCUUCUUCAGCCACACCUAUGGCACGUCCUGCCACACAGUGAUGAUGAUCAUGGCUUUCGACAGGUACGUGGCCAUAUGCCACCCUUUGAGGUACACCUCCAUCAUGAGCCCCGCCAUGGUGGCUAAGCUGACCGCGUCUGCCUGGAGCACAUCAAUAACGCUGGUGUCCAUCCUGCUGGCUCUCACCAUACGGCUAACGCGUUGCCGUUCUGUCAUUCUCAAUGCCUACUGUGAAAACGCGUCCCUGUUCAAGCUCUCCUGCCAGGACGUGAGCAUCAACAACAUCUUCGGUCUGACAUUCACUGUUGUCCUUUUUGGCUCCUCCAUGGGCAGUGUGGCCUUCACGUAUUUUAGGAUCCUGGUCAGCUGUGUCUCCAGAAAGAACAAGGAGCUGAACAGGAAGGCCCUGCAGACCUGCGCCACACACCUGGUCCUCUACAUGGUCAUGCUCUGGUCCGGCUUCCUCAUCAUCAUUUCGCAUCGUCUCCAGAUCCACAACAGGUACCGGAAGAUGGCGGCCAUUCUCUUUCACAUCCUUCCCGCCAACAUGAACCCCAUCAUAUAUGCCAUGCAGACCAAGGAACUAAAGACCAAAAUUGUGCAGAUACUUCGUUCAAAAGUAACCCAGCUGCAGAAAUUUGAAAAUUAGCCUCUGAGUUACCUCUGCCGCAAUAUACUGGAUGCACUUGCACGCAUGUUUAAAAUGUUAAUUUUACUUUGUCAUCAUAUGUAUCAGCGUCACAAAGCAUAAAUUGUAGCUAACAUGUUAGAUGGCAUAAAUGUUAGGGCUUAAUUAUUAGGGCUAAUUAAGGGCAAAAAUUGGCAAACCAGAAACAGGUAUGUCCCUCAUUGCCCACCUCUGCAAUAUAGUAGUCUAUAUAAAUAAAUAGAAAUUCAUAAUCAAACAAGCCACAAGCUGGAUCUCAGAACAUUAUAUGUAUUUUUAUAGGUCAGAAAAACUCAUGCAAGUAGCCCAACUUUUAGAGGGGCCCAAUAUGAAGUCAUAGAGGGAGAAGUCUCUGUCCUGUUUUAUCAAAGACAAACUAUAUAUUAUAUAAUGAAGAGAUUAAAAAUAAAUUGAUACCCUGUUUGGUUGACAAGUCAGUUGGCAACUUUCUCUGGCUUUUCUGUAUGCAGAGAUUUUUUUGAUCAAAUAAAACAAGUUGCACAUAGUUCCACUGA